GAAUUCCAUUCGAAACGGAAUUUUACCGGUGUUUUGUUAGAGAAGUGGACUGUAAAAGUAGGGUAUAAAUAUUGACAAAAUGGCUUAACAUAAAUCUAUGAAUCUAAAAUUAUUGUAACAGAUCAUAGUAGAUUAACAUAGACUUCAGCGCUGUUGAAAUUUUUAUAUUCUUCUGUAAACAUGGCGGAUCUAUCGGAUAUGAGUGAUGACUAUGAAGUUAAUGAUUUACGAAAACCACCGAAAGGUAACAAAAAGCUUUCUGUUGAAAGAAUUUAUCAAAAGAAAACACAGUUAGAGCACAUUUUGCUCAGACCGGACACAUAUAUUGGAUCAAUCGAACCUGUUACCCAAACAAUGUGGGUGAUUGAUGAAGAACAAGGAUUAGUUAACCGCGAAGUUACGUAUGUACCUGGCUUAUAUAAAAUUUUUGAUGAAAUUCUUGUUAAUGCAGCUGAUAAUAAACAAAGGGACAAAAAUAUGGAUUGUAUCAAAAUUGAAAUCAAACCUGAAAAGAAUAAAAUUUCUAUUUGGAAUAACGGCCAAGGCAUUCCGGUUGUAGAACAUAAAGAUGAAAAAAUGUAUGUUCCAUCCUUAAUUUUUGGUCAUUUACUCACUUCUUCAAACUAUAAUGAUGAUGAACGAAAGGUAACAGGUGGAAGGAAUGGGUAUGGUGCUAAGUUGUGCAAUAUAUUUAGCACCAAGUUUACAGUUGAAACAGCUGCCAAACAAUAUGGAUAUAGUUUUAAACAAACUUGGACAGAUAACAUGAGUAAAACUGAGGAUCCUAAAAUAAGCUCAUUUAAAGGCACAGAUUAUACUUGUGUAACAUUCUACCCAGAUUUAUCGAAGUUUAAGAUGACCGAGUUGGAAAAAGAUAUUGUUUCUUUGAUGACAAGAAGAGCAUAUGAUAUUGCUGGCUGUACUAAGGGCGUAAAGGUCUAUUUAAAUGACAAAAGAUUACCAGUGAAAGGAUUUAAAGAUUAUAUUGAACUGUAUAUCAAGGACAAAACAGAUGAUCAUGGAGAUCCUUUAAAAAUUGUUCAUGAAAUAGUAAAUGACCGAUGGGAAGUUGCUGUCACAAUGAGCAGUCACGGUUUCCAGCAGGUGAGUUUUGUCAACAGCAUAGCAACGACAAAAGGCGGAAGGCAUGUUGAUUAUAUAACCGAUCAGCUAACUUCGAAAAUUGCUGAGGUAGUGAAGAAAAAGAAUAAAGGAGGGAAAAAUGUUAAGCCUUUCCAGAUUAAAUCGUAUUUAUGGGUUUUCGUCAAUUGCCUCAUUGAAAAUCCCACUUUUGACUCUCAAACAAAAGAAAAUAUGACUCUGCAAGCAAAAAGCUUUGGUUCAAAAGCUCCAUUAACUGAGAAAUUCAUUAACCUUGCUCUGAAAUGUGGUGUAAUUGAAUCAAUUAUGAGUUGGGUGCAAUACAAAGCACAAACGGAGCUUUCAAAGAAGUGCAGCAGUAAAAAACAUUCAAAAUUGAAAGGUGUUCCGAAGCUCGAAGAUGCAAAUGAUGCUGGUACCAAGAAUUCAAUUGAUUGUACUUUGAUCUUAACUGAAGGAGAUUCGGCCAAAUCUUUAGCCGUGUCUGGAUUGGGAGUAGUUGGCCGCGAUAAAUAUGGUGUUUUUCCACUGAAAGGUAAAAUGUUGAAUGUUCGAGAAGCUACACAUAAACAAAUUAUUGAAAAUGCAGAAAUUAAUAAUAUAAUUAAAAUUAUGGGGUUACAGUAUAAAAAGAAGUAUGAAAGUGUUGAUGAUUUGAAAACUUUAAGAUAUGGUCGAUUGAUGAUAAUGACAGAUCAGGAUCAAGAUGGGUCUCAUAUUAAGGGUCUAUUAAUUAAUUUUAUUCAUCAUAAUUGGCCUAGUCUACUUCGUUUACCUUUUCUUGAAGAAUUUAUAACCCCUAUUGUCAAAGCUGUCAAAGGAAAGCAAGAACUUUCAUUUUACAGUCUUCCAGAAUUUGAAGAAUGGAAGAACGAGACACCUAACUGGCCAUCUUACAAAGUAAAGUACUACAAAGGUUUGGGUACCAGCUCUUCAAAAGAAGCUAAAGAGUAUUUUUCAGACAUGCAACGUCAUCGUAUUAAAUUUCAUUAUACUGGUAACGAAGAUGAUACUGCAAUACAGCUAGCUUUCAGUAAAAAGAUGGUUGACAUGAGAAAAGAAUGGCUGACUAAUGGAAUGGAGGAAAGGAAGAGAAGACGUGAAUUAGGGUUACCAGAGUUGUACUUGUAUGGCAAAGAUACUACACGAGUAUCAUACAAUGAUUUUGUGAACAAAGAAUUGAUAUUGUUUAGUAAUAUGGAUAAUGAACGAUCAAUUCCAUGUUUGGUUGACGGUUUGAAACCAGGACAGAGAAAAGUAAUGUAUACAUGUUUGAAAAGAAAUGAUAAGCGUGAGGUGAAAGUGGCUCAAUUAGCGGGAUCAGUUGCUGAACAAUCAGCAUACCAUCAUGGUGAGGCAGCAUUGACUGGUACAAUAAUCAAUUUAGCUCAGAAUUUUGUUGGAAGUAAUAACAUCAAUCUUUUGCUUCCCCUUGGACAGUUUGGUACACGGUUGCAAGGUGGUAAAGAUGCUGCCAGCCCCAGAUAUAUAUUUACUAUGUUGAGCCCUAUUACGAAGCAUAUAAUUAACAGUCUAGAUACUCCGCUUCUCAGGAACCUAUAUGAUGAUAAUUUAAAAAUAGAACCUGAAUACUACGUUCCAAUUAUACCCAUGGUUCUGGUAAAUGGGGCCGAAGGUAUUGGCACAGGAUGGAGUACCAAAAUCCCGAAUUAUAAUCCACGAGACAUUGUUAAAAAUCUGCACCGUAUGCUUGAUGGAGAAGAACCUCUUCCCAUGAUGCCAUGGUUCAAAAACUUCCGAGGCACUAUAGAGAAAUUAGAUGACCAUCAUUUUAUAAUAAGCGGAGAAAUUGGAAUUCUUGAUGACAAUCAAAUUGAAAUUACUGAACUUCCUGUACGUGUUUGGACGCAAACCUAUAAAGAAGGUGUAUUAGAAACAAUGCUACAUGGAUCUGAAAAAGAAAAAACUGACAAAAGUAGUCUUAUUACUGACUAUAAAGAAUAUCACACAGAUACUACCGUACGAUUCGUUGUCACUAUGAGUCCUGAUAAAUUGUCCCAGUUUCGUAAUCAAGGCAUCCACAGAGUGUUCAAGCUGCAAACUACCCUUACCAUUUCAAGUAUGGUUUUGUUUGACCAUUUGGGAUGUUUACGUAAAUAUGACAGUCCUAUCCAAAUAUUAAAGGAGUUUUUUGAUGUCCGUUUUGCUUUGUAUGAAAAAAGAAAGGAGUACAUGAUUGGUAUUCUUGAAGCAGAAUCUUUAAAGCUUAAAAAUCAAGCAAGAUUUAUUUUGGAAAAAAUUGAGAGCAAAAUCAUAAUUGAAAAUCGGAAAAAAAUAGACAUGAUUCGCACCCUUCAAGAAAGAGGUUAUGAUUCAGAUCCUGUGAAAGCUUGGAAAGAAUCUCAGAAAGAUUUAGAUAAAGAUGAUAAAGAAGAUAAUUCUGAUGAUGAAAGUGAAACAACAACUGGUGGACCUGAUUAUGACUAUUUACUGGGAAUGACUUUGUGGAGUUUAACAAAAGAAAAAAAAGAUGAAUUGCUCAAAAAGCGAGAUGAAAAGUUCAAAGAAUUAAAUGACCUGAAAUCUAAAUCUCCUUCUGAUUUAUGGAAAGCAGACUUAAAUGAGUUUAUGUUAGAACUUGAUCGAAUAGAAGAGCAAGAGCUUGCAGAAGAAGCUGAUGUGCCAAAAGUAAAGGCAAAAACUCAGGGAAAGAAGCGUAAAGUUGCUGAGGAAUCCAAACCAUCUGCAUUUGCAGAGAGAGUUAUCCCACAUAUUGAUGAUGAAUUUAAGAAGAAGUAUGAUAAGAAACCUAAAGUCCCUGGCGAAUCAAAACGUGGAAAAAAGAAGGAUGAUACUACUAUUAAGAAAGAAGAGGAGGAAGAUGAAGAUGAUAUUAAAAAUGUGUCCCUUGCGGAUAGAAUUAGUAGUGCCAAGAAAGAAAAAAAAGGUGGCAAAGGGAUGAAACAGUCAACUCUGAACUUUCAAACCAUUGGUAAAAAAGAAAAGAAAGAAAAAAGUAAGAGUCCAAAGAAAGGGACAAAGAAAAAUCCCUGGUCUGAUUCUGAAGAAGAUAUAUCAGACUUGUCUGAUAUGGAUGAUAAUUCUUUGGAAAAUAGAGAAGAUUACAUUCCACCAGAGAAAAGAGAACUUCCUCGUAGAAAAACUGCAAAAACUAAAUACACAUUUGAUAGUGAUGAUGAAGAUGAUGCUCAGCGCGAGAUAUCUAGUGAUGAAAACUCUCCACCACCAUCUCCUAAAGUGAAUAAACCUGAGAAAAAUAUGGAAGAAAAUCAUAAUGGGGCUUCAUCUCCUGUGCUAUCGGACAGUGAUGAUAGUUUUAGCGCUCCUACUAACUUAAAAAAUAACAAUGCUGAUAAAAAUGACUUAUUUGAUUCUUUAUUGGGUGGUAAAUCCGAUGAGCCAGUGACAGAAAAUCCAGUACCACCUAAAAAUAAAAUGUUUGAUGAUUCCGACAGUAAUUCGGAUGCAAGUCUGAAAAUUGAAAGCAAAAAGCCACCACCCAAAGCAGCUCCGAAAAAGAGGCAGAAGAAGAAUGCGUCAAGUUCAGAUGAUGACUUUGAAAUCGAAACAAAAUCUAAGAAAGCUCCUAAAAAAGCUGCUCCCAAGAAAAAAGCUGAAGAUGGUGCUAAAAAAGCUGGACCUCCAAAAAAGAAAGCUAAGAAAAAAUCUGACUCUGAUGAUGAUGAUGAUACAUUUAAACCUAUGGAUGAUAGUGACCAUAUCCCUGCAAAGCCACAAAGGGGAGGUAGGUCUAAAGCCCCUGUGAAAUUUAAUUUUGGCGAUGAUUCUUCAAGUGAUGGAUUUUAAUCUGAUUCUAUGCUUUUAUCAAUUAUCAUUUUUUUUUUAAAUACGAAAAGACAGUUAAAGCUUGGUGCUCCUAAACUAUUUAUGAAUGCUGGUUUAUAAACUGUAUAAAAAAAACAAACUAUAGAACGUAAAAGUUUUGUAUUAAAAAUUAAAUCAUUUUCAUAAAAGUUUUAAAAGACAAUGAUAAGAAAUUCAUGUGUGUUUUCUUUGCCACAGUGUGAUAAAUUUACUGACAUCAAGUAAUGUUUUAAGUAUUUGAUUUAACUGCAAACAAUAUUUUGUAUUAAUUUUGAGCAUGAAAUUAGUUCAUAUAUAUAUUUAUUAACUUUUAAAGGGCGUAAAGCAUAGCAAAUUUGGCUAUGCAUUGGCAUAGUGUUAAGCAUAGCCAAAUUGUCAAGAGAAAUUCACAUUGCUGAAAUAGUUGUUGCCAUUUUUUAUCCUCAUGUGCAUUUUAAAUUUAAAUGGAACUUUCAUGUUAAUUAUGACCUUUUCAUGGUGGAAUAUUUUAUAUUUUAAUGGCUUAAUUACUUUGCAGGUCCCCCCCCCCCCCCAUCUUAAUGUAACGUUUAGUCCUAUUAAAUGGCUAGGUUUGUUUAAAAUUAAAUUUUAAACUUCAGCAAUAUUGAUUUCAGCAUUAUUUGACUAGUUUGGUAAAAAUGUUGAACAUCUCCAAGUAUAGAAUGUAAACUUACAGAUAUUGCCGAGGUAUAAAUGACAAAUUGUUCCUUUGGCUGCAGUGUUAUCCUCGGGUAUUUAUAGGAGGGUGCUGAACUUUGCCUUCUCCAACCAAACCUUUGAUAAUGUGCUCUUUCUUUUUUUCACCUCCUAAUGAGCCCCCUGUGCCCAUAACAACAUUUGAUUAUAAAAGCAAAUUUUCCUUGAUAGGUGAAUAUUCAUGCAACCUGGGGAUAGAAAUAGUAAUAAAAAAUAAGUUAAAAUUUCAAAAAGAAAAAAACCUAAUUUUAAAUUUGAAAAUUUAUUGAUUUUUUUCAUAAAACUUUGAAAUUUUGCAGGUUUUUUCAUUUAAAUUUAUUUUACUCGAUUUGUUUUUUAAAUAAAACCUAAUGGAAAAAUUUACAAUGAAGACAUUCAUUUUGAAAUUGAUAGUUUCUACUUUGAUUUGAAUAUGAAUUUGAAAGUAGUGCAAUUUUUUACAAAACAUUGAAAGCUUUUUAAUAAUAAUGACUGUUGGAAAUUAUUUGUGGUCUGUGCGCAUUUAGUAUCCAAAGAUAAAUUGAAGAAAUUUUUCACAAUGAAAUCCUCUUGAGAAAGCUUCAUUUUGAUUUGAUUGAAGUGUCUUACCAUCAGGAAGAGCUUUCUCUCCCCUCCCUCUUUCAUUAUUAUCCAGGGAAAACAAUAGAUUGAAACAGAUUCCUUUAAAAAUGUAUAACAAACUAGGUGUUUGGAAAUUUAAAAACUUACAGUAAAUUUACAAAAUUGUUUUUUAAUUGAAUGACAAAAGCCAUCAUCUAUCUGAAAUUCUUUUAAUGAUUCAUCAUUAUUUGUUAUUUUGUACAUUUGUAUAUUGUUGCAUUUUGUAAAACACAUCACUUUCCAGUGUACGAAGGCAUAUGAAUGUGGUAUAUUGUGAUUAUGGUGAUAAAAUCUCUUGUUUUCUUUCUAUUGUAGUUCAAGAUGUGUAAGUAGUUUGCAUAGUAAAAAAUAACAAAGCAUAGAAUAUUCAUUUUCAUAAGGUUCAUUCAUCAGCAUUUUCAAUUCUUUGAGCAAUUGUUUUAUGUUACAUUGUCAUAAGU